CAUACGACUCCGUUAGAGAGAUACAGAGGAUGGACUACAACAUGAACAUGGGAGAAGAAGAAGAAGCAGCAGCAGUGUCAGUGGCGGAGCUGAUACAAUCCCUAGAGCAAGCCACCUUCAUGGCCAAGCAACUCGCCUCCGCCGCCGACCCCGCCCACCUCCUCCACAUCCACUCCUCCCUCCACCAGUCCCAGCUCCUCCUCUCCUCCUUCCUCUCCUCCUCCGCCCACCUCCUCCCCUCGCCUCCCCCUCCCCCACCCGCCCCUCCCGCCUCCGCCGCCGAGAACUCCUUCUCUUCCGCCACCGGCGCCGCCGAGCCAAUGCAAGUGGGGGACGACGACGGCGGCGGCGAGGCCGAGGAGAAUUCCAAGGCCACGAUCGACCGGGUGGAGGAGAGGAUGAGGAACUGCUUCAUCAAGAACAAGAGGCCCAAGCGGCCGCUCUCGCCGUCUUCCGCCGUGGCCGCCGAGGAGGGGCGGGCUGGCGGGGGCGAUGGGUUUCCGGGUUACGAUCCCCACGGCACUAGAUUGAGGGCUCUGGAUCUCGUGUACCAGUUUCAUGGAUGAGAGAG